AUGUCUUCCUCAUCACCAUCAUCGUCUUCUUUUUCUUCUUCUUCUUCACCUUCAAUCCCAGAUGACACCACCAACCAUGGCAAUAAUAAUAAUAAUAGUGGUGGUGGCGAUUCUGAUCCUGGCCCUAGUACUAGUCGACGAAGAAGACGACGUCCUAUGAAUGAGGUUUUGCCUGAACCUUUUCUUGAAGCUUUAGCCAUCCAAAUAGCCAUUGAAGCUUCUCACACUCAUGGACGUCUGGCGGCUGCUCCUUCCAUUGCCAAUCUCUUUCAGGUUUGUUCUACAUGGCGAGCCAUUUCGCGCUCGGAUCACCUGUGGCAGCGGCUUACCCAAAGCAUAUGGCGUCGAACCCAUAGAAUAUUCGACACGUGGCAUGAGGAGUUCAAUUUUUGGCAUCGAACGGCAAGCAAUUUCGUCACAGGCAGAUACGCCCACACCUCCCUACGCUGUCCUUUUGACUUAGACCGACCCCAUCUAUGCCGUUGCCUCACACUCUCCGACAACCACCUUGCUUGUGGAUUCGCCGACGGCACCGUCCGCCUCUACGAUCUCCAAACACGCGCCCAUGUCAUCACCUUCCGGCCCCACCACGUGGACGUGUUAGGUCCUUUCUCAAGAUCCGUGUCCGGAAUCAUCAUCACAAACUCCACACUGGUCUUUGCCACACUGGACGGAAACAUCUAUGCUGCAGACAUCAACGGGCCACCCGAUACCCACAUGGCCCGACCCGGAGACGUUCUGAACAACGGCGUCUUGGUGGAGUUUGCUGGCAGCGGGCGGUGGUGGGUGGGCCUUUUCGCAGGCGUCCCUCGCCGAGCAUUCCGUGUCUGGGACGCGCGUGGCGAACAACCCGAUUACAUUGGUGGGUCCUUGACCGACCCGGAUUCCGUCCAGGGCUGGCACAUGCUGACUGAUGUAACUGAACCAGUCGGUCGCUUGCGUGUCACCACUCGCGAGCUGGCCGUGGCAUGCACGCGUUCGAGACUCGUAGUUUUCGACUUGAGGAACCCAGGGGUUUUAUUGCGUGAGCUUGUGUCCAGAGUGGGCUUCAUUGUGACCUCGCUGGACGUGAGCCACGAGGCGUUCGUUAUCGUGGAGAGUAGGGGUCGUGCUAGAGUGCGCCGGGCGAGCACCUUCGAGCCUGAAUGUGAAGAAUUUAUGGUGACGGGAACGCCGCUGAGGGGGAUGAUCGGAUGCAUGAACUUGGGUUACGUGCUAAUAUGCGCCGGUGGUCAUGUUAGACUGUGGGACGUAGAGCCUGGAGAGGCACAUCUGGGCUUGACCAUAAACGAAAGAAUAGGAUCGGGUAUGGCAAUGGCUGCCAACGACAGACACGUGGUGGUGUCAUGUAGAGACACGUCAAUACACCUCUGGGAUUUUGGUGUACAGUAGUGACUGGGUUGGCUCAUUGUCCGAAGGAUAUAAAUGUUGU